AUGGAAAUUUAUUUGGGGCAUGGUGGGCUGCCUUGUCUGGUUCUGGAAGAUGUCUAUGACUGGGAGGACGUAGACGAGCCAGUGUACGAGCCCUCCGAUGGCUCCUCAGCCAUACCGGACCUGCCUUUCCUGCACGGAAAGGAAUGCACAACCGUGGUUGACAGGUCCGGCGUCCAUUCACUCAUGAUCGGGUAUUGUAAAUGCCCGAAUGCAUGUACCCUGGACAAGCAAUUGUUUGCGAUGGGAAUGUUUCCGGCAUCUUUCAGUCGCCCAAAGUCAGCAUUCACGUUUUCAGUACUGGAUGGCUUUCUGCUAGAUAACUUGGAAUGUGGAACAUCAGCCAUUAAUUACUACAGCAAAUUAAGGAGAAAAACAUCCAGCAUAUUUCCCCACUUGGUCCCGGACUGGUACAGAGAAUUGAUGCGAGUGGGACGGCAAUGGCGUCAACUAAAGCUUCUCAAAUGGAAUGGAUUAGCUCAUGAGAAGAGACAGCCAGCAUCUAGUGAACUUGCUCUUUUCUGCCCGGCGUGUCCACAACCCAGAAUAAAUGUGCCACAGCUGGAUGAAAGAGACAGAAACGAUCCGGAAUGGUUAUAUGCUAGAUCAUUGGUCAUGGAUGGUAAUUUUAAAGCUGAACAUUUGCACCCUACUCGUCCGGAAGAUGAAGUUUGGCUGACCGAUGGCAUGUGCUUCAUGGUGACCAGAGACGAAUACAAGGCACAUCUCGCCGGUGCCAAAGACCAUGUUCAAAUACAAAUAAAUAUGGACUACGCUCUUUGUCAUGCUUUGAGUCAUCACACCAAAGGACUAACUCGAGCCCUGACAUUCUAUGACAUCAAUUGCCAGUAUAACAAGUAUUUCCGGCAUAGGGUAAAUGAAAGCUUACACUUGAGCAUCCCUGCCGGUAUGGAGAUCAUACUGGGAAUAGGACUGUGGCAUGUCCACGGCCAUCAGGACAAGUGCUAUGUUAGGUAUGCAUCAACCUUUAUCACUGGAGCAGCUAGAAUAGAUGGGGAGAUUAUGAAGACAUUAUGGGCGCCCCUAAAUGUCAUCUCUCCUUCUGCGAGAGGCAUGUCCACCCUGCAUCGACAAGAGUGUCUUGACUACCAAAUGAAUGACUCAAAUUUUAUGAAAAUGAUCAAAAUGAGUGGUUUUCUAUAUUGGAAAUAUCGAGAGGCUGUCAAGGGAGUUUCCGAAAGCAUGGCAGCAUUUCAGAAGCUCAAUGAUGCUGCUGAUCCAAUCGUAGUGAAAAAAUGGGAAGAACAGGAUCAACAAGCACAGAUGCGGCGAAUAGCGGAUCCUUCGGCAAUGGAUGUAUUUGACGUGCAGCUCCAAAAGGCACCAACACGGAAACAACAAGAGCUGGCCUUGCUGUCUCGGGUUGGUCGUGGAGUAGCAAACGCGCAACGGGGUGCUGCCACAUGGAUCGCAUCCAGCAUCACAAUUGAAGAGCUGCAGAUAUCUUUGUUGAUGGACAUAAGGAGGUUGGGAAAACAUCCCACUGAAACGCAACACUUGGAGAUUGGGAGACGCUGGACAAAGCUGCAGAAUCAGAUAGAUGAAUUUACCAUUGCUGCAGUCACUCAUCUCGGGGAGGACUUUGAUCUGGAUGACAACAUCCAAGAUAUGGAGGUCGAUUUCAUAGAUCAUUCAGAGCAAGAAGGAGACGGUGAUACUGACGGUGAACUCAAUCCUCAUGAAGAUCCGCGAUGCAAUGUCUUCUGUCCCAAAAAUGUCCUAUUACCUCUCCCAUCUAAUAUCAGCAUACAAAGAUGUACUAAGCUAGGGGUCGUCCACCUUAUUGGUCAGGAAAUUGCACUUUGGGAAGGGCAGGCUAAUGACGCCCUGCAAGCAAUCAGAGUGCUUCUAGCGGACAAGGCGGUGCUCUUCCGCACCACUGUCCGUCCGGCAAAAUCUCAGGUUAAGGUGACUAGAGCAUGGAUGCAGGUACAUUCUGUGGAAAGGGUAAUCAGACUACACGCAAUGAUCUAUGCCAAAUGCCGAGCCCAACUUGGCCAUCUACAAGCUCACACUCUACUAAAGAAAUAUCUUCGGAUGGAGAAAUGUCAUCUCAAAGCAACUGCUGCUGUUGCUGAUCCGAAUGCCCGGGGACAAAGAAACUCUACACUUCCGUGGUUCUGGUCUCUCAAUGUACAAGGUGAUUCGGUUAGCAACAAUUGGAUGAAUGAAUGUGCGUCACCAUCCAGUGAUCAUGCUGACCAUACCAUGACCGAAAUUAGUCUAUAG